AUGGAGUAUAUGAUGAUACUGAAGGCUGUUGUCAAUGUUGAAUACAUCCCUGCCGCUCUUUCACGAUACAGUACAGUUCUUUCUACGUCAACAAUUGGCUGCACUCCCAAAGUGUUCGAGGUUCCAAGGAAAAUCACAGCACUGUACAUGGCUCCUAGAAUAUCAAAUACAUCUUCUUUGCACUGCACAAAGAAUGUCUGGGAGUAUUUGGUUGGGAAGUGCAAGUCAUUGGAACCUGGUGGUGGAAUAGAAAGUUCUUUGAUAAGCUCUUGA